AUGGACGAACGUAUGCGAGAUGAGGUGCGGCACGAGGUGGCGGCGAUGCGGAGCGUGGCGGGGCAUGCGGGCGUGGUUCAAUUGCGCGCGGUGUUCGAAGACGAGCGACACGUUCACCUCGUCAUGGACCUGUGCGACGGUGGCGAACUCUUCGACGAAAACCUAUCGGGGACAGACGUAACCUGCGCGAAACUGGCCGAUUUCGGCCUCGCAAUCGGACUCAAGCAGGGCGAGAGAGCCUACGGCGCAGCGGGAUCGCCGUUCUACAUGGCGCCGGAGGUGCUGAGCGGCGAGUACGGGGCGGAGGCGGACGUGUGGUCGCUGGGCGUGGUGCUGUACGUGCUGCUGAGCGGCAGCCCGCCGUUUUGGGGCGCGGACGACAACGGCGUGUUCCGCGCCGUGCUGGAGGCGCCGCUGGACCUGACGAGCGGCGCGUGGGCGGGGGUGUCGGCGGAGGCCAAGGGGCUGCUCCGCUGCAUGCUGCACCGCGACCCGCGCCGACGCCCGUCCGCCGCCAAGCUGCUCUCCCACCCCUGGAUCCUCGUCCACGCCUUCGGUGGCCGCGUCGUGCGCCGCGUCCUCGCCGCGCCCGCGCUCCAGCAGCCCCGCAACGUGGCGGGCGCUGCUGCGGCGUCAGGAGGAGAUGUGGUGCCCACGUCUGCAUGA